ACCUCAGACCUCUCUCCUCUAGAGCUCAUUCGCUCUGUGCUCGCCCACCUCCUGCCGCCGCCACCAUGACCACCACCAUCCGCCAGUUCACUUCCUCCAGCUCCAUCAAGGGUUCAUCGGGCCUGGGCGGAGGCUCGUCCCGCACCUCCUGCCGGCUGUCUGGUGGCCUGGGUGCCGGCUCCUGCAGGCUGGGGGCUGCCAGUGGCCUGGGCGGGGCCCUCGGGGGCAGCAGCUAUUCCAGCUGCUACAGCUUUGGCUCUGGUGGUGGCUAUGGCGGCAGCUUUGGAGGAGUUGAUGGGCUGCUGGCAGGAGGUGAGAAGGCCACCAUGCAGAACCUCAACGACCGCCUGGCCUCCUACCUGGACAAGGUGCGUGCCCUGGAGGAGGCCAACACGGAGCUGGAGGUGAAGAUCCGCGACUGGUACCAGAAGCAGGCCCCGGGCCCCGCCCGCGACUACAGCCACUACUACCAGACCAUCGAGGACCUGAAGAACAAGAUCCUCACGGCCACCGUGGACAACGCCAGUAUCCUGUUGCAGAUCGACAAUGCCCGUUUGGCUGCUGAUGACUUCCGCACCAAGUUUGAGACAGAGCAGGCCCUGCGUGUGAGCGUGGAGGCCGACAUCAACGGCCUGCGCAGGGUGCUGGACGAGCUGACCCUGGCCAGAGCCGACCUGGAGAUGCAGAUCGAGAACCUGAAGGAGGAGCUGGCCUACCUGAGGAAGAACCACGAGGAGGAGAUGAGCGCCCUGCGAGGCCAGGUGGGCGGAGAGAUCAACGUGGAGAUGGACGCCGCCCCUGGCGUGGACCUGAGCCGCAUCCUGAACGAGAUGCGUGACCAGUACGAGAAGAUAGCCGAGAAGAACCGCAAGGACGCCGAGGACUGGUUCUUCAGCAAGGUGGGGGCUGCCGUGGGCCGGAGGCCUCUUCCAAGAGAUGGGUCCACCAACAGCGAGCUGGUGCAGAGCGGCAAGAGCGAGAUCUCCGAGCUCCGGCGCACGGUGCAGGCCUUGGAGAUCGAGCUGCAGUCCCAACUCAGCAUGAAAGCAUCCCUGGAAGGCAGUCUGGCGGAGACCGAGAACCGCUACUGUGUGCAGCUGUCCCAGAUCCAGGGGCUGAUAGGCAGCGUGGAGGAGCAGCUGGGCCAGCUGCGCUGUGACAUGGAGCAGCAGAACCAGGAAUACAAGAUCCUGCUGGACGUGAAGACACGGCUGGAGCAGGAGAUCGCCACCUACCGCCGCCUGCUGGAGGGCGAGGAUGCCCACCUGACUCAGUACAAGCCCAAAGAACCUGUGACCACCCGCCAGGUGCGCACCAUUGUGGAAGAGGUCCAGGACGGCAAGGUCAUCUCCUCCCGCGAGCAGGUCCACAAGACCACCCACUAAGGACUCUGCUCCCCUGUCCAGCCCCCCCAGGGCCCCUCAUCAGCCCUGCAGCCUCUGGCCUUCCCAGCCUCAACGCCCCCCCGGCUUUCAAGUGCCUUUCCUAUACCCCACGGCCUGACCAA